AUGAAAUUUUCACUGACCCUGAAUACUUUUCGAUGACUCCGGCACUCUGUCUGUCAGUUUGUACAGCUGAUAAUGUUUUGUUGAGCUGGACAACAAUGGAGUUUGAGUGAAAUUGUGUUCUGAAAAAUCUCUAUAGCAUUCUGCAUUUGUCACUUGCACAAUGGCUGAUCCCACCCAGGAUGACUAUCCCACUUGGAUGGGGAUGGUUUUUGUUUUCAAUCUUAUCAUAGGCACAGGAGCCCUCACACUUCCCGCAGCUUUUUCUAGAGCAGGAUGGCUUGGAGGAUCCGUGAUGGUCCUCCUUGUGGGCUUUAUUUCCUAUGUCACAGUGACCUUUGUCAUUGAGGCAAUGGCCUCAGCCAAUGCCAUUCUCCACCUUCGAAAUGCCCUCAAGCGCCGUGUCGCCAGAGAUAGGCCUGGCGCAUCAGACUCUGACACUGACACAGCUGAAAAUUCUCCAUUGGUUACCGAUGAUGGUGAUGGUACACCAUUUUCCCUGACCUCUCGCGUAGAAAUGGGAGAAAUGGCUACUAUUUACUUCACGGGAACAGGAGUAGCAGUAUUCUAUCUCUGCCUCGCCAUAUAUCUAUAUGGUGAUCUCAGUAUCUACGCCGCAGCAAUUGGCACAAGUUUAAAAGAUGUCAUUUGUACUGCGCCUAAUAUUACGGAUCCUAGUGGUCCUUGCUGGCCUAAUCACACUUUCAGGCGCAUUGAUUGCUACAGAGCUUGUGUUGUAGCUACAGGACUCAUACUGGGCCCUUUUGUAUUCUUCAACGUCCAGAAAACCAAAUAUAUUCAGAUUCUCACAGUUAUAUUUCGGUGGUUCGCUUUCACUUCCAUGAUCGUUAUGGCUGUUUCACGGUUAAUUAGUGACGGAGUCCAGGGACAUCCUGGUCCUGUGGUACCUUCUGGAAUUCCGAGCCUCUUUGGAACUUGCAUCUAUUCCUUCAUGUGUCACCAUUCCCUUCCAAGUCUCCUAGCUCCUGUUAGAGAAAAACGUCACCUAACUUGGCAACUUCCACUAGAUUUUGUCCUCAUCGCCAUCUUUUACAUCCUAUUGGCUCUCACAGGUGUUUUUGCCUUUGAUCGCCUCGAUGAUUUAUACACCCUCAACUUCCUUGAGAAUCCUGGCGAAGGAUUCACUCGCGUGAUUGACUACUUCCUAGCCCUGUUCCCCGUCUUCACGCUAAGUGCAAGUCUUCCCAUUGUUGCCAUCACCUUAAAACACAAUCUCGAAGCAAUCUUGGUAGCAGGUCGACGUACUUCACUGGCAUGUCGCGCUCUUCUUCCACUUUUGGCACUUUUGCCGGCAUUUGCUGUAACUCUACUAACUGACAGUUUGAGCUCUCUGGUCGGCUUUACAGGAACUUACGCAGGUGCUGGAGUGCAAUAUAUAACACCUGUGGCUUUGGUAUACUGUGCACGCAGGCAGAUUGCUACUGUUAUGCCAUCAGCUCCUGUAAAUCCCCACCGAUCUCCAUUUUACAGUAAUAAGUGGCUCCUCAUUGUGGUACUCUGGUGUGCUCUAGGAGUCGUGCUAGUGACUGUCAACUUUUUCACAAGGGUUGCUAAUCCACCGUGAAAAAUUUUAUUGCCAAAUAAAAAGAUAUUUUGAAUUUUGAAAACA